GCUGAAGAUUUAUAACGAGUUACAACUUCCUUCCGUUCCAGUGGUUACAAAACUAAACAAAACUGGCUCUUUCGGCAUCAAACACUCUGCUAUUGAGAGCGAGGCUGCUACAAGUUGCAGUUAUAACUCAGUUCAUCAGGCCACUGUUCGGUAUGGGAGACAUGCAAGCUAAAAUGACAAUGGUGGCAGAAGAAGAUGCUUUGCCAGGUCGAGCAGAGCGGAUCAUUGUAUCAGACAAAAGCACUGUUAAUGGUAACAGAGUGGUACCUCCAUUCCCUCCAAAUAUGCAGUUUGCUCAAUUUGCUAUGGGCUGUUUUUGGGGAGCGGAGAAGAGAUUCUGGAGUCUACCAGGUGUAUAUUCUACUCAGGUAGGCUAUUCUGGGGGUUAUACCCCCAACCCUACAUAUGAAGAAGUUUGUGGUGGAAAAACUGGCCAUACAGAGAUUGUACGUGUUGUAUAUGAUCCCGAAAACCUUCAGUACGGAACUCUUUUAAAAUUAUUUUGGGAGAGCCAUGACCCUACCCAAGGUAUGCGACAAGGUAACGAUAUGGGGUCUCAGUACCGAUCAGCAGCCUACUGGUACACCGAAGACCAGAAAGCAGAACUUCUGGAAUCUAGAGACAAUUUCCAAAAGGAAUUGAAUAAACUAGGAUAUGGAGAGAUAACUACGGAAAUUAGAAAAGCCCCAGAAUUUUAUUAUGCAGAGGACUAUCACCAGCAAUAUCUGCAAAAAGUACCCAAUGGUUACUGUGGUUUAUCUGGAACUGGUGCCUCAUGCCCCAUAGGGAUUAAAAAAUCAAGUCCCGCAAAUGGUUAUAAGCCAGAUAAUAGUGAAUUAUAACAGCUGUGAUAUGAUCCUUUAUGUUUGUGUCUGACUCUUGUAAUUGCAAUCGUAUCAGGUUAUUAAAUGGAAUACUGUAUUUAGAGUGUCUUCAUAAAAGUCAUUUUGCAAGGUUUUUCAAACCCAGGAAUGCCUGGAUUUUGAGAGAGUAAAUGGCGACAGGGAAAUGUCAAGGUUUUAUGCACAAGACCCUAAAAAGUUGGUAAAAAUUGGUAGAUAUAAUCAUAGAAGCCUGUUCAUAAAGUCAAUGAUAAGAUACAGAGAGACAUUAUAAAGAGGAAAACCUGAAAAUUGCUUGCCUUGAUCCAUUGUUAAAAUGUUAUAGGAGAACUGAUAUAUGUGAGAUGCACACCAAUGAUUUUGUUUUGAAUUUGUACAAAUUAAUCGUCAUUGUUUAUACUUAAUGAGAUUAAUCAUCAUUAUUUAUACAUAAUGAGUAUAUACUGUAUGGACCAUGAUACUCAGGUUUAUAACAAUCCACAGUUACCUCAAAAUAUUUUUGAUUCAUUAUGUUUUGCUGAUGCACAUUCAACAGACAUUUAUAUAAAACAUCUUUUCUGAAUAAGUAAAGGACCCACGGUCCUGUGCUC